AUGGAGUCACCUGCACUCUCAGGAAGAAUGGCACGAUGGCAGCUCCUACUGACUGAGUAUGACAUCGCAUAUGUGAGCCAAAAGUCAAUAAAGGGAAGCGCAAUAGCUGACUUCUUGGCAAGUCAAACCAUGGAAGAAUAUGAGCCUUUGAGAUUCGACUUCCCAGAUAAAGACUUGAUGUAUAUUUCAGAAAAAGAGAAUAAUUCGUCAAAAGAGAAAUCGUGGAAGAUGAGCUUUGAUGGUGCAUCAAAUGCAUUGGGGAAUGGAAUCGGAGUAGUCUUAGUGUCACUUGAAGGGGACCAUUACCCGCUUAUUGCCAGAUUGAAUUUCUUCUGUACCAAUAAUAUAGCAAAGUAUGAAGCUUGCAUCAUGGGACUCCAUGCAGCUAUCAGGAGGAAAAUCAAAAUUUUAGAAGUACACGGGGACUCAGCAUUAGUCAUUUAUGAAAUUCGAGGAGAGAACCAAUUGGCCGAUGCCCUGGCCACCUUGGCUUUAAUGUUCAAGGCAAACAGAGAAACUGAAAUAAUGCGUAUCCAAACGAGCAUAUAUGAGACCCCCGCACACUGUUUUAGCAUUGAGGAGGAGUCAGAUGGACGACCAUGGUUCUAUAUUAUCUUGGAGUAUAUCAAGAAUCAAAGGUACCCCGAGCAAGCAAAUGAGAAUGACAAAAGAACAAUCAGGAGAAUGGCGAUUGGAUUUGUUCUUGAUGGGGAUAUUCUAUAUAAAAGAGGAAAAGAUCAAGUACUCCUGAGAUGCGUGGACGCUGUUGAAGCUAGAAAGAUACUUGAGGAGGUUCAUGAAGGAAUUUGUGGAAUGCAUGCCAGUGGUUUCACCAUGGCCAGACAGAUUAUGAGACUUGGUUAUUAUUGA